CGAAGUUUUAUUUGUGCAUGUGUUGUGUGUUGCGUGAGUUCUACAACUACAAUGAGUGUGUUAAAUUAAAGUGGAGAAAGUUCAUUAAAGACUCGAUGAUGGUCUUGGGCCAUAAAAAAUUUAGUUAUUUUUUAAAAACAAAUAAGACUUUUUGGAUAGAUACACCAGAUAUACCUAAGAAAGCUUCAAACUUAUUUGAAGCUUUCGAGGCCGUGUUCAUGGAACUAUGAACCUAGACUCGUUGUCUUUCACUUUGUCACAAAUAAGUUAUUUGAUUGCUACGUUAACUAAAAAAAACUAUAAGCAAGUAGUUGGAGAUCUGACUAAACUUGUUUCUUUGCAUGGUCUGGAGGCGGACCGUCACUUGCUCCAAUGUCUGUUUUCAUCAGUGGACUUUUCUGAGUCUACUACUAAAAUAUCAGCUCCAUCUCCCCAAAAUCAAGCAUUACUAGAACAGUGCUCUAGUUUGUUGAACAAGCCAUCAUUGUUAACAGCCCUUUGUUAUAUUACAGACAAUCCAUUGAUAAACCACAAGACUAUAAAACUUGGACCUCAGUUCUUCCAUCAGUUGAGCAAGUGCCUUCGCCUCUCAGCUGUCCAGGAAGUAGUUUUUGCUAUUGCACUUCGUCAUUCAUCAAUUGCUGAAGCCAGAACUCUAGCUCAAACUCACUUGAGAUCCACAGUACCUGCUUUGGUUCAGUCUUAUAUUGAUACAGAAGGAAGCAGCAGGCAACACGAAGGAGGUCUUCACGAAACAACACCAGAAGUACUUCAUUUAAUAUUGUCAGCUGUUCUUAAAGGCCCUAAAGAAGUGGGCCUUACCAACGAGAUUCAUACAACAUUUUUGAAAACUCUGCAAAGAGAUUUCCCCAAGGACUUAGUGCCUGUAGUGCUUGCACCAUUAGUGUACCCAGAACAAAGUGAAUUGGCUCCAGAAAUGUCUUCAGAAGGCCCCGGUUUAUCCGGGGGUAUGCUAGAAACUUCAUUGGCAGAGAUAGUGGCUGAAAUAGGUUAUAAUUUUACAUCUUCUGUUGAAGAAUGCCGCAACAAUCUCAUGAAAUUAGGAGGCAGGGAUAUAUCCCCUGCAGUUAUAUCACGUGUCCUUGCUGUUAUGUGCAGAACACACAGUGGCCUUGAAGAUUCUCUGACAAUUCAAGCACCAGGUUCUUUCAACAAAGGAACUGAUAACAGAACAACAUGGAAUAUUGAUGUCUUCAUCCAAGCACUUAAAGAAAUUGUUCCUAAUUUUCAGUGGAAUAGUGUUGUUGCAGAAUUAGAUCAUCCUGAAUUUAUGAUUAAAGAAAGGCAUGGUUUGUGUUUGUUAAUGAAUGCAUUAAGACAAGGGUUACAAACUUUUGGUUUCCAUCCUGACACUUUCCCUGUUGACCAAUUAUAUAAAAGGUGGCAAAAUGUAGAAGGACAGUUCAGUUUAAUACAAAAUAUUCUAAAAAACCCCGAUGUGUUCUGUUUUGCAGACUAUUCUUGUGCUCCAGUUGCAGUUGAUGUCCUCAAAACACCCCCAGAGCAAGACAGUAAAGAACUGGCAAAUUGGAGAUCUUUAAACCUUGUAGAGUUAUUACUAAGUCUUUCAGAAUGUGGACUAUAUACUCAUGUUCAUGAAUUGUUUAAAAUGCCAAUGCACAGUUGUGCAGAUGUAUUGGUAUUGGCUUUAAUUCAAAUAUCUGCACCGGUUACCUUACUUAGACAAGAAUUACUUACAACUUUGAUUCCCAUUUUUUUAGGCAAUCACCCCAAUUCUGCCAUAAUCUUGCAUCAUGCAUGGCAUACUCAAAGUAUCAAUAUAAAGCCAAUAAUUAUGCAUGCUAUGGCAGAAUGGUACGUUAGGGGUGAAUGUGAUCAAACAAGACUGUCUAGGAUUCUUGAUGUAGCUCAAGAUCUCAAGGCCUUAUCUAUGCUAUUAAAUGCACAGUCUGCCCAAUCUUAUCCAUUUAUAAUAGAUUUGGCAUGUCUGGCUUCUAGAAGGGAGUACUUAAAAUUAGAAAAGUGGCUUUCAGAUAAAAUAAAUGAACAUGGAGAAUCUUUUGUGAUGGCAUGUAUAAAAUUUCUACAUCGGCGCAUACCCCAGAUUGGAAAAGAAGAGUCUGUAUCUAAAGUACAAGUUCAACUUCCUACAGAAACACUCACUACCAUGAUGGUCUGUCUUCAAAGGUCCUUAAAUAAUGUCAGUCUUGAAUGUCAAGAAACCAUCAUGACAGUAGUCAGCAACUGUACAAUAAUUUUAAAGUCCAGGCAACAGCAGCAACAACAACAGCAGCCAACUAUACUUCGUUCGAGAGGCAUAGAUGGUGGAAUAAAUCCCUCUGUUUUUGCCCCACUCUAUAAUCAUUCUGGAGUAGAUUCAAUUCAAGGACUCAACACAACUUUGGCAAAUAUGAACUUAGCAGGACCCACUAAUUCUGCUUUCAACUUGCAAGGUGGUUUGGGACCUUUAGUUCAAUCUCCCGGUUCUCCAUCUAGAAUUUUAAAUGCCGGUCCAUCUAAUAGUCCAUUUCCCAUUAUGCCGAUGCAGCACCAAGGACCAACAGGAACAAGUUCUUCUCUGGUUCUCGGUGUUAAUCAGAUGAGCAAUUUAGGCAGAAUGGGGACAAAUCCGACAAUCGACAAAACACGAUUACCGGAAUAUAAUUUAUUUCCCGACAUUUCACCGCACGUAUCCAAAGAUAUCGAGGAUGAAGCUAACAAUUACUUCCAGCGAAUCUACAAUCAUCCUCCCAAUCCUACGUUAUCAAUCGAUGAAGUAUUGAACAUGUUGAAGAGGUUCCAGGAUUCUCAUAACAAGAGGGAAAAAGAGGUAUUCAACUGCAUGUUAAGAAGCCUUUUUGAAGAGUACAAAUUUUUUCCUCAAUAUCCCGAUAAAGAAUUGCACGUAACAGCGCAACUUUUUGGCGGCAUAAUAGAAAGAGGCAUAGUAACAUCGUACGUAGCCUUAGGUCUGGCGCUUAGAUUCGUAUUAGAGGCUUUAAAAAAGCCAGAAGGAUCGAAAAUGUACUAUUUUGGAAUAGCUGCUUUAGACAGAUUUAAAAGUCGCUUAAAAGAAUAUCACAAAUAUUGCGAGCACGUCAGAGCUAUUCCUCAUUUCAGUGACUUUCCGCAACACCUUCAAGAGUAUGUGGAAUGUGGGUUACAGAGUUUGGAACCAACGCAUAAACCAGAUGGUCCUGUAUUACCACCGAGUCUAGCAGCAAUGUUGGCGCCUCCUAAUGCUGCAUCGACGGUUUAUAAAACUACAAGCGUGUCUACUACAGUUCCAUCUAAAGUUACCACACCAUCUAAUACAAUGAGUUCUAGGCCUUCCAUAGCUAACGCUACAAAUAUUGAUACGCUUUUGGUGGCUACAGAGAAAGAAGAGAAAGCUAUAGCACCGCCUGAACCUUUACAAGAUAAAACUGCCUUUAUUUUUAACAACUUAAGUCAAUUGAAUUUGAAACAAAAAUGCGACGAACUUAAAGAAUUAGUAACAGACGAAUAUUAUCCAUGGUUGGCGCAAUACUUAGUUAUGAAAAGAGCAUCUAUUGAAUUUAAUUUUCAUUGUUUAUACUCAAAUUUCCUGGAUACACUUGGUAUAAACGAAAUUCUGAGAUUAGUAACAAGAGAAACUUUCAGAAACAUUAGAGUAUUAUUACGAUCUGACAAAGCAAUUGCAAAUUUUUCCGAUAGGUCUCUAUUAAAAAAUCUAGGCCACUGGCUGGGUAUGUUGACUCUAGCAAGAAACAAACCAAUUUUACAAAUCGAUCUCGAUUUGAAAUCCCUUUUAACGGAAGCUUACCACAAGGGACAACAAGAACUCUUAUACGUCGUACCGUUUGUAGCAAAAGUUCUAGAAUCGUGCGCAAAAAGUAAAGUUUUCAAACCUCCAAACCCAUGGACCAUAGCUUUAAUGAACGUUCUCGCCGAGUUACAUUCCGAAGGCGAUCUAAAGCUCACUUUAAAAUUCGAAAUUGAAGUUCUCUGUAAACACUUGGAAAUAGACGUGACGCAAUUAAAAGCUUCGGUAUAUCUCAAAGAUCCAGAUCGUAUUAGAAAAAUCGAAUUUCAAUUAUCGCAACCGCUUAAAAAGGAAAUUUUAAUGCAGUCGAACGUUAAUCAAGGAGGAAACCUGACCGACCAAGAAUUGGCUAAUAUUAUCCCUAGUCAGCAAACUAGUUCUCCUGUGGUGCAAAACAACAGUACCACUCCUACUUCAGCUUUGUCGGCACCUCCGGAGCCUCGAUUUGGCUACUCUGAUAUUCAUAUUACUGGAAUGCAGGCAUUUCAGGCACAUACAGUCAUAUCACCAUCGAUUUUGCUAUUUCAAACGCAACCACAACUCAAAGCUCUGGUGCGCACUUCGAUAGAAAGAGCUGUACAGGAAUGGAUAGCACCAGUAGUCGAUAGAUCCAUCAAAAUAGCCUUACAAACUUGCGAACAAAUAAUUCGAAAAGAUUUCGCGCUCGAUCCCGACGAAACUCGAAUGCGAAUUGCGGCCCAUUACAUGGUCCGCAAUCUUACGGCCGGCAUGGCGAUGAUCACCUGUCGCGAACAGCUACUGACGGCGAUUAAUACGCACUUGAAACAAGCGCUUUUGACUAACAUGGUGUCGCCUACCGUCCAACAGAAAGAGAUGAUCGAUCAAGCGGCAAGCGUAAUUGCUAACGACAACAUGGAGUUAGCUUGUGCUUUUGUUCAGAAAACUGCCGUCGAAAAAGCCAUUCCUGAAAUUGAUAAAAGGCUAAUGAGCGAAUACGAAUUAAGAAAAAUGGCUCGACAAGAAGGAAGACGUUACUGCGACGCCAUAGCUCUAACCUACCAAGCCGAGCGCAUGCCGGAACAAAUACGACUCAAAGUCGGCGGCAUAUCCACCAGCCAAAUGGCCGUGUACGAAGAAUUCGCUCGCAACAUCCCCGGCUUUUUACCGAACGAAAGAGACACGACUAUGCUGAUUCAAAAACAAACACCGAUCGAAGUUCAAUCUCACUCUACGACGCCUUUUCCGAUACCACAAACGGCGUUGGCUACCGACGACAUCACUUUGUUGUACGAGAAGUUGGCUGUAGAAGUUGAACAGUUCGUGCAGCUAACUGGAGGACAGGCGCAGUACACGAUGAUGAAUAACAGUAUGUUGGUUGUGAGGGAUUGCUUGAUGCAUAUGCUGAGAAACAGGGAUAUGACUCAAGCUAUUGUCCAGAAGUGUGUCGAAGGUCUACAGGACUGCCUUGUACCGACGCUUAACGAAACCGAUCCAGUCGUUUUACGCUUUAAAGACCUCAUAAUUCGAAUUCUGAAAACGAUGCAAGAUCACAGAGUGUACGGCCAGCAAUGGACCAAUAAACUCGUGACGAGAUACUUAACGGAUUGCCGCGACGAACAACAACGCUAUAAUAUCGACGCCAUUGAUACUCUAAUUAAAAGCGGAUUAGUAAACGUACCUCAGUACGAUCUCGCGUUGGCCCAAUGCAUGGAGAAUGGUCCUAAUUAUAUGGGUGUUAAUUUCGCCAUGCAGUUGGUGCAAUUGUAUCUAAUAGAUGACAGAUCCGGCCAAUUUGUCACAGAAAGUGAUUUGUGCAAUACCAUCGAAAUGCUAGCCAAAAUCCAAACUCACACGCGACAACCGCCAGAAGGUUUAGGAAACAUUAUGGACAUCCUAAGACAAAACGAACCGAGCUCGUAUUUCGGAGACAGAGCCUCGAUGGGGCCCACCGUUCACAUUCACAACGGAAUUUUGCAGGUUCGAGCUCCGAACUACGAGGAUCCACCUGGUUUAGUAGAGAAAACCGAUCAACUACUUCGCGAUUGGAUAACUAUUUACCACACCCAGAACCAAGGACGCGAUUCCACCAAAGCCUUCAGCAUGUUCGUGCAUCAGAUGAACGUGUAUGGUAUACUUAAAACUGACGACUUGAUUACGCGAUUCUUCCGUCUAUCCACUCAACUUUGCGUCGAAACCGUCUACAGGAUCCUCGCGGAAAAGACCACUACGAACGUGUCGUUGCUGAGACCGAAAUGUUAUCAUACUUUGGAUGCUUUUGUUAGGUUGGUGGCGCUUCUAGUCAAGCAUUCCGGUGAUGCGAAUAAUACCACCACCAAAAUUCAUUUACUGAAUAAGGUUCUGGGAAUAGUAGCUGGCUGUUUACUUCAAGACCACGAUACUCGCACAACAGAAUUUCAACAACUGCCUUAUCAGAGGAUAUUUACCAUGCUGUUUCUGGAAUUAAACGCUCCUGAACCGGUAUUGGAAGCCCUCAAUUACCACAUUUUGAACGCAUAUUGCCACACUUUGCACAUACUACGGCCAUCCAAGGCAGCCGGAUUUUGUUAUGCCUGGCUGGAACUGGUUUCGCAUCGGGCGUUCAUGGGUAGAAUGCUUGCCAGCAGUCCACAACAAAAAUGUUGGCCUAUGUAUGCACAACUACUGAUCGACCUGUUCAAAUAUUUAGCGCCAUUCCUGAGAAACGCGGAAUUAGCAAAGCCGGUAACGAUGCUCUACAAAGGCACGCUUAGAGUCCUUCUCGUCCUCUUACACGAUUUCCCCGAGUUCCUAUGCGAUUACCACUACGGUUUCUGCGACGUCAUUCCGCCCAAUUGCAUUCAAAUGAGGAAUCUGAUCCUUUCGGCGUUUCCGAGAAACAUGAGACUGCCCGAUCCCUUCACGCCGAACCUCAAGGUCGACAUGCUGCAAGAAAUUUCGUAUGCGCCGAGAAUACUUACGAACCUUUCGCUUAUGAUAACGCCCGCUCAAUUUAAGAAGGAUCUGGAUUCGUAUUUGAAGGCCCGAGCACCCGUUACGUUUUUAUCUGAACUGAGGAGUAAUUUACAGGUUUCAAAUGAACCAGGAGUUCGUUACAACAUCCCGCUAAUGAACGCAUUGGUACUUUACGUCGGUACCCAAGCGAUCGCUUACAUAAGAAACAAGAGCCACACGCCCAAUAUGUCGACGAUAGCGCACAGCGCUCACAUGGACAUUUUCCAAAACUUAGCCGUCGAUCUCGAUACGGAAGGCAGAUAUCUUUUCCUAAAUGCCAUCGCGAAUCAGCUGCGUUAUCCGAACAGCCACACUCACUAUUUUUCGUGCACGCUGCUGUACUUAUUCGCCGAGGCCAAUACGGAAUCCAUCCAAGAGCAGAUCACGAGAGUGUUGCUGGAGAGGUUGAUUGUGAACAGGCCGCAUCCUUGGGGACUGCUCAUAACUUUUAUAGAACUAAUCAAAAAUCCCACGUACAGGUUUUGGCAGCAUGAGUUUGUUCAUUGUGCACCAGAAAUUGAAAAGUUAUUUGAGUCGGUUGCAAGAUCUUGUAUGGUGAAGUCGACUGUGCAAACGCAAGAAGGGGACAUACAAGAGUGAUAAGCAUUUUUGUGAUUUGUACAUAAUUCUAUAAAAAAUGAAAAUGUGACAUUUUUUAAAUUAAUUUUUUGUUUGUUUAUAAUUUAAAGCUUAAUUUUGGGAGCAAUGCAUUUUAUUUUUAGGAGAUAAGGUGAUCAUAGUGUAUAGAGAUUAAUUAGUGUAAUAUAUUAGGUAUUUUUAAGAAAUUUUCAAGUAUUUGUAACUAGUAUACAUAUAUAUGGAUGUAAUAAAUGGUUUUCAAUGUUUUCAGCAUUAAA